AUGGAGACCACAGCAGCCAUGGGAUCUCUAUCACCGGCGCGUGCCAUCUUCUCCGAGACCAGCACCGACGCUGCUGACACCUUCUCACACGUCGCGUCUCUCAGCUCCACGCCCCCUACCACACUGACAGACGGCCUAAGCACAACCUCCGAGUCGCCCAAGCAAGAGAAUGCUAUUGUGUCGGACUCGAUUGAUCUCGCCGUUCACGACCAUGCCGAAAGCACCGCCACGCCUCCACUUGCACAGCUUAUCGAGUCCAUGGACGCGGAGCGUGUCGCCGAAGCCAUCGAGGCUGUCAUUGAUGCGCCCGAGGCUCCGCUGGCUGAGCAGACGCCAGAGCCGGCCGCGACGCCGUCCGCGCGCGCGCGCCGGAGUCGGCAAAGCAUGCCCGUGUACAACUUGUCCCAGCUUAGCGGCACUGCUGGCCACGGCAAGCGACGAGCGAAUGGUGACGAUGUCUCUGACAAGAAGCGCCGCACAAUCUCAGGCGACACCCUCGUGGCAACUGGGGAUUCCCCUAAAGCUACCAAAAACCAAGCGAAGAAGCUUGGCAAGUCACCCGAACCACCGAAGCGCGCAACGCGAUCAUCCGGCGCCGAGGUAGAAACCCUGGCGACCAAAAUAUCCUCGUUAGGGAAGCGAAGCAGGAAGACAUUUGAGCAGGGGCUCAGCAAGAUGUCUCGCGAGAUUCGGCGCCUCCAGGACACCAAUGAGUUUGCCAAAAUUGAUACCAAGCCCGUCCUCUACACGACAUGGGCCAAGGGCAAAUAUGUCGACCCAAAGGCUAAGGAACAACGUGCGAGCAAGAAAGCAAAGCUUGCUGAGUCGCCCAAGAAAGGUGCCCCGGAGAAGGAAGCAGCUGCAGCGGCACCAGAGGCUCCGGCGCCAACGCAACGCAGGGUCAAGAAGUGGCUAAACCAUGGCUUAUACUCAGGCCAGAGUGCCCCGCUUGACAUCAUGAAGCAGCUCACGCCCAAUGAGAAGAAGAUUGCAGCCGAACACCCGGAACUUAUGCCGAGCGCAACUGUCAACAAAGUGCUGCCUAUGCCCGUGUUCAACGGCAUUCGACUCCUAGUCCAAGGACGGGACUUCAAGCUGCCCUACGACAUCUGCAAUCCUCUGCCUUCCGGCCAGCCCAAGCCGGCGUCGUGGCGUUUGAUGACUCGGAACCGUUUUGUGGGUGAAGCUGGUGCAAACUGGAAAAAGAACCCACAUUUCAAGGAUUACCAAUCCAAGUGUGUCUGCACUCCUGAAGAUGGCUGCGCUGAAAGCUGCCAGAACCGCAUCAUGCUUUACGAGUGCGAUAACACCAACUGUAAUGCCGGUGCGGCCUACUGCCAAAACCGCGCUUUUGCUAGGCUACAGGAGCGCGUCAAGGCUGGAGGCAAGUAUCGCGUCGGUGUUGAAGUGCUCAAGACCCAGGACCGAGGGUUUGGCAUCCGUACCAACCGAUGCUUCAGGCCUAACCAGAUCAUCAUGGAGUACACGGGUGAGAUCAUCACUGAAGAAGAAUGUGAGCGACGCAUGGAAGAAAAGUACAAGGAUAACGAGUGCUAUUACUUGAUGUCUUUUGACCAGAACAUGAUUAUCGAUGCCACGACUGGUAGCAUCGCGCGUUUCGUCAAUCACUCCUGCCAGCCCAAUUGCCGUAUGAUUAAAUGGAUCGUAUCAGGCCAACCCCGCAUGGCGCUGUUCGCUGGUGACAGACCCAUCAUGACUGGCGAAGAACUGACUUACGACUACAACUUCGACCCCUUCUCCGCUAAAAACGUGCAGGCGUGUCUUUGUGGCGCUCCCAACUGUCGAGGCGUCCUUGGCCCCAAGCCUAAGGAGAUCAAGCCGCCAAAGCCUUCCAAGGAAGAGCUAAAGAAGGCCGUCAAGAAGGGAGUCAACGCUGGAAAGCGGAAGCUUCAGGAACUCCUGGGUGGGAAGGAGGAUGCAGAGGGCAAUGAUGCCAAGAAGCGCAAGAUCAAAACUGCGACAGGCACUAAGGCCAAGGGUUUGAAGCGCACUCUGUCCAACGCGAGUUUGAAAGCGGCCCGAAGUGCUGCCAAGGUUGUAAAGAAGAGCGUGUCGUCAAUUUCGGUCAAGACCCCUGCUUCUGGACGAAAGAUUGCCACCAUCAAGCGGACGUCCAGUGUAGUCAAGGCCUACAGCAAGACCAAAGCUAGCAGGCUCUCUGUCACGCCCAAGAAGUCUGCUUCGCGCAAGUCUAGCAUGACCGUCGUCACUGCUGGUAACAAGAAAACUACACCGAGCACCCGCACUCCUGCCUCAGCUAAGAGCGCAAAGAGCACGAAGAGCGCGAAGAGCGCAAAAAGCGCAAAGAGUGCCAAGGCUCUUGCCUCUCAGUCUGCAGACACUCCGCGUCGAGGUCCAGGAAGACCCAGGAAGCACCCCAUUGGUUCGGUGACCCCCCGCAAGGGCGUGGAUUUGGCUCGCACGAAUAACCAAAUUCGUCUUGUUCAGUCACCUACUCUGGAGACAGCAUGA